AUGACGGAGGAAGAGUUAUACACGGUGUACAAGGGGGUCUACGUGGUCUCAUCUAUGCACACGCCAGAGAGUCUGAAAUACUUUGAAGAGUUUGCUUUUCGCCCAGAUGAUAUCAUCAUCGUGACGUAUCCCAAAUCUGGUACACACUGGAUGAGGGAGAUUGUCCCUCUGAUCAUGAGUGGAGGAGAUCCAGCACCUGUUGACACGAUUGUUACCUGGAAACGUGUUCCCUGGCUUGAAUUGCAGCAGACCGCCUCCCUCGAACUUGAACAGAGGCCCUCUCCACGACUGUUGACUACACACUUCCAGUACAACAUGAUGCCACCAUCUUUCUUUGAAAUAAAGCCAAAGGUCAUCUAUGUGACGAGGAACCCCAAAGAUGUGUUCACAUCGUCUUUUCAUCAUCAUGAGGCGGCUUCCGUCCUGGUGGACCCAGGCCCACAGACCCAGUUCCUCCACAAGUUCCUUGAUGGAAAAGUUCUGUUUGGCUCGUGGUUUGAUCAUGUGAAGAGCUGGCUGAAUGCUGCAGAUGAAGAGCACAUCAUGCACAUCUCCUAUGAACAGAUGAUAAUGGACCUGAAGGACUCUGUGGGCAACAUGGCUCAGUUCCUGCAGAAACCUCUGGACCAUGAAGCGAUAGAGAAGAUAGCCGACCGAUGUUUGUUCAAGAACAUGAAGAAGAACAACAUGUCAAACCUCUCUACUGUUCCUCGUGAAUUAAUAGACCAGACAAAGUCUGAGUUUCUCAGGAAAGGCUUUGUGACCGAGAGUUGA